CGCCCUCUGAAUGGGCAAGUGUGGGGGAGAUUGCACGGGUCAAGGCCAGAGAGAAGGAGCUUGUGGCAAUCCAGCCUGGAUGAGGCGGGCCUGGCUGCGAGGUUUAGCUUUUCGGAUGGAGCGGAGAGGCCAGAUCUUGGAGAUGUUCUGCAGAAAGAGUUGGCAAGAUUUCGACCUAGCCUGGAUGUGAGGACCUAGAGAGAGGCCCAAAUCAAAGGCGACGCCAGGUUUGCUGGUUCGUUCUCCUGCUGCAUCACUCAACACUGGGCCUACGAGGUUCUGGAAAAAUGAAGCUCUCUGUAACCCCCAAGAAGCUGAAUGCUCUCGAGAGCCAGGAAGAGCUCCUGCUGCCUAGGCAGCCGAACCGGCUUUCCCAGAAGUACCCGCGCCGUGCCCUGCUGGCUGUGAUCCUGGUGGGCGUGCUCUUGGCCGGGGUUCUCACUCAUCUCCUAGUUUUUCCGUUCGGUUCCCCUUUGGGAAGAGAGAAAGUGGGGCAGGAUCCAGACAACACGUGCAGUGACCCUUGCAGGAUUGUGCUGGUGGAAAGCAUCCCCGAGGGAAUGGUGUACGAAGCCAACAGCACGGUGAACCCGUCCACUUUUCAGGCCUGGAAGAACCUGAUCGGAGGUGCUAAGAGCAGCUUGGACAUCUCCUCUUUCUAUUGGACCCUGACAAACGAUGACACGCACACUCAGGAAGCCACGGCUGACCAAGGUGAAGAAAUCCUGGCAGAACUGCUGCAGUUACCCCAGCGAGGCAUCGCGGUGAGAAUCGCAGUCAGCAGCCCGUCCUCGAAGCAGCCCCCGGAUGACCUGCAAGCGCUGGAGCAGAGCGGGGCUGCUGUCCGCAAAGUCAACAUGCGCAGGCUGACUGGCGGGGUGCUGCACACCAAGUUCUGGAUCGUUGACAAGACCCACGUCUAUCUCGGCAGCGCUAACAUGGACUGGCGUUCCCUCACCCAGGUGAAGGAGCUGGGCGCGGCUGUCUACAACUGCAGCUGCUUGGCCAAGGACUUAGGGAAGAUGUUUGAAGCCUACUGGGUUCUGGGGGUGCCGGACGCCUCCAUUCCAUCGCCCUGGCCGGCCAAUUACUCCACCACGUACAACAAGGAGACGCCUCUGGAGGUGCAGCUGAACGGGACAGAUGCCAGUGUGUAUCUUUCUAGCUCCCCGCCAGCCUUGUGUGCCGAGGGACGGACAGAGGACCUCCAUGCGCUGCUCGGCGUCAUCGACGACGCCAGCCAGUUCGUGCACAUCGCUGUGAUGAGCUACCUGCCGACCAUGGAGUUCUCGCACCCCAGGAGGUAUUGGCCAGCUAUUGACAAUCAUCUCAGGAAAGCAGCCUACGAAAGGCAAGUCCACGUUCGACUGCUGAUUGGCUGCUGGGAGCACUCCAAGCCAGCCAUGUUUCCUUUCCUGAAAUCUCUGGCUGCCAUGAAGGACAAUAGGACGCACUACAGCGUGGAAGUGAGGCUCUUCACCGUUCCAGCCAAUGAAACACAAGCCGAGAUCCCCUACGCGAGAGUCAACCACAACAAGUACAUGGUCACCGACAAGGUGGCCUAUAUCGGUACCUCCAACUGGUCAGGAGACUAUUUUAUCAGAACAGCAGGAUCUGCGCUUGUGGUGAACCAGAGCGACGCAAAUGCCCAGGGCGAGCUCACAGUGCGGGAACAACUCCAGGCCGUGUUUGAACGGGACUGGAACUCCAAAUACAGCAGGGACAUCAGCACCUUGGGCCAGUGGGAAGACAUCUGCAGAGGUCACUAGGAGGCUACACUGCGGAGGACUGGCGGAAGGGAAUCCUGGCAUCACAGAACCACCUGGCUACAGCAUGUCAAGGCAGCAUGGCUACCCCAGCACUGCAAACAUGGCAGGAUUGACAGGUCCCUUCCAGAGCCUGAAAUAUCCAGUGUCACCUGGUUUCUUGCCAGCUCCUUUGGUUUAUCUGCAAUGGCGUUAGUCAUUUUUUGAGCCCUGGUGUCUCUCGGGAACACAAGGACACCCCAUCUUCACACACUCACAGCUGAGCCAGGCUGGGGAGAGUUCAUCCUUUUCUCUAUCACAUCCCAGCUGCUGCUGUCCCUCUGUGCUGAACUGAGCGGGAAUUUUCAGGUGUAGGCCCGUGGAAUGGGCUUCCAUAGCAUCUGAUAUGUAAUGGCCCAGAUCCCCGUCAAAGGGUUUGUAUACAGGGGAGGUGCUAGUAAAGUCUAAUUUGUGUCUGUAUUUUCAAUCCAUUCGGAAGGAAGAUACAGUGAGUUACACAGGGGGAAGCUAUACAAAGAGAACAUAUACACGGACACAGGAUGGAAUUCAUCAACGGUCAGAGGGACGAGGCAUGGCCAGGGAUCCAUUGAUGUCCUACUGCAGCCCUAUUUUAAAUACUUAUGUAGGAACUGAACUGAUGCCUAGGUCUUGUGCUGCCCUUCUGCCCGGGGGUGAAUUUCAUUUACUCUCCAUGAAUUGAUAUGAUCUUCUGAAAAUUCACUGCAAGGCAGGGAUCUGUAGCAGGGUCUCCCAAGGAACAAGGAAAGCAUUAACUCAGUAGCUGAAAACUUGAGGGGGAGAACAGCAAAUAGGUUUGAAUAAAGUCACCAGUUAUGGAGGUGCGGGUCACAACACUCAGGUAAAGGUUGAGUUCCAUUUUGUACUCAAAGCAGGGAUUCAGCCUCUUUAUAUUGUAAGAAAAAUGUAGUGUUCCCUCCUCAAACGUACUGUAUUUCCUCUCUAACCGCAGAAGGAAUGAGAAUUUCCAUGUAAAUCCAGUCAUUAAUUCACACAUUAAAAUUAAUACACAACUGGUUCUUUAAAAAAAAAAAAGCCUCUGU